UGCUGCCCAAGGCCGGGAAGGGGCUCUUGCACUUGUCCCAGGCAGGAUCCUCCAGCAUCGGGCGCCCUCCGAGGCUGGCAGGGGAUCUCUGUCCCUCUCUCCCUCUCCCAGGAUGGAGCCCCACCUGGCGCUGCUCUGCCUGGUGCUCGUCGGGGGGGCUCUGCCGGCCUCAACGCACCUGGAGCCCCGGAGGAGGAGGCAGCACCACCACCACCACCAGCAGCAGCAGCAGCAGCUCUUGUCCCCCGGACGGUGCGAGCUGCCCAGAUCGCAAAAAGACUUGAACUCUUUCCUCUGGACAAUCCGGAGAGACCCUCCUGCCUAUCUCUUUGGCACCAUCCACGUGCCUUACACGCGUGUUUGGGACUUUGUCCCAGAGAACUCCAAGGUUGCUUUUCAGUCCAGUUCUAGUGUGUACUUUGAGUUGGAUCUCACGGACCCUUACACCAUCUCAGGCCUGGCCAGCUGUCAGCUGCUUCCCCAUGGGGAGAACUUACAAGAUGUACUUCCCCGGGACCUUUACCACCGUCUCAAGCGCCAUCUUGAGUAUGUCAAGCUGAUGCUUCCUCACUGGAUGACCCCAGAUCAAAGGGGAAAAGGGCUUUAUGCUGAUUACCUCUUCAAUGCUAUUGCUGGAAACUGGGAACGCAAGCGUCCUGUUUGGGUGAUGCUGAUGGUCAACUCCCUGACUGAGACAGACAUCCGUUCCCGGGGUGUGCCAGUAUUGGACCUCUAUUUGGCUCAGGAGGCUGAGAGAAUGAAGAAAAGGACAGGAGCUGUUGAGAGGGUAGAAGAGCAAUGCCAUCCUCUGAAUGGGCUGAACUUCUCCCAGGUGCUGUUCGCUUUGAACCAAACACUGUUACAGCAUGAAAGUCUUCGAGCUGGCAGUUUGCAGGCUCCUUACACAACUGAAGAUCUUAUCAAGCACUACAACUGUGGAGACCUCAAUGCUGUCAUAUUCAAUCAUGAUACUUCACAGCUUCCUAACUUCAUCAACACAACCCUCCCUCCCCAUGAGCAAGUGACAGCACAAGAAAUUGACAGCUAUUUCCGGCAGGAACUCAUCUACAAAAGAAAUGAAAGAAUGGGGAAAAGAGUGAUGGCCCUCUUAAGAGAAAACAGUGACAAGAGUUUCUUCUUUGCCUUUGGAGCAGGUCACUUCCUGGGCAACAACACUGUUAUUGAUGUGCUGAGACAAGCUGGAUUUGAAGUGGAACAUAUACCUGCAGGACAACAAAUAGAAAAGACAAAUAUCAAUCCUGCCUCUGCAACAGCUGCACCUACUAUACAGUUUUUUGAAUAUGCACAACCACCUUCAUCUUCCAUGCUUCCUGCUUCCAGUGAAGAAGACAGCCUUUCUCCACACCUUCUUCUUCCAGAUAGUAUCAGUCAGCUGGAGGAGUUUGGACGGCAGAAGAAGUGGCACAAGAAGCAGUACAAAAACAACCGCCAAAGACAAUUCAAUGACCUAUGGGUCCGAAUAGAAGAUGGGACAACAAGCAUGCCCUCUCACAUCAGGAUAACAAGUAGUUAUAUACCUGUUAACCCAUCCAUUUGGUUUUCAAGCCAGCCAGACCAACAGCCUCAUCCAGAUCUUGCAUUUCACCAUCAACUCAAAAGCUCAGCUACUGGCAGCAUCAUAGCAUCACCCUUAACUAUUUCUGUCUAUGUGACAAUGGCUUCUUUUCUGUUGGAUCUACUGAAUCCCUCUUGACAAAACAAGAAUUGUUAAGUGCAAUAUCCGGAAAAGAGAAGAAAGAUAAUCUUCCAUCUGAUAGUUUUUGUUUCCAACGAAUAGUUUACCUGAGUCUUCCAAGUCAAGGAACAAUAAGCAUUUCAAACUGGUAUACAUCUCUCUCUUGCCCAGAUAUUUUUUUAAACUCUAAAGCUUUAUUUUGU